AUGGGGAUGCACUCGAUGGAUCACGUGCUUGUCCAAAACGGCCUCCGGACUUUCGACAACCCAGUUCUUGACAACCUCAUCGCCGUGGAAAAGGACAAAGGAGCCAAGAAAAACAUCUACAUCAGCCUUGCUAAUCCGGUGAUUCAAUUGGACGAAGAAAUGCUAAAGAAAAUCAGGGCGAAUAUCAAAGCGGGGAUUUUCGGAAUCCUCGGGUCGCCAAAAGUCGGUCUGGUUUUCCACGGAAAAGAUGUUCUAGCCCUCAUCGAGGAAGAAAAGGACGUGCAUCGAUCGACCCUGUUUCUGGACUUUCCGAAACGCAUGGCAAAACUCGCCUUCACAAGCUUGGCUUGGCGACCUGUGUAA